GGCGUUGGAUCACAGCAUCAGCGCAUUUCCCCCAUCAUGGCCGACGAACACGACGUGGCGAGCACCUCCGCGGCCAAGAAGGCCUCGAAGAAGCAGAAGAAGCAACAGAAGCAGGAAAAUGCCGACGUAGAAGCAGCAGCCCCGGUUACGGAACAGUCUGUGGCUGCGGAUGAGACCGCUGUCAAGUCCAAAAAGGCUUCGAAGAAAUCGAAACAGCAAAAGCAGGAAGCUGUCGACGUAGAAGCAGCAACAGCCCCGGUUGCGGACCAGACUGUGACCACGGUUGAGCCCACGAAGGCUUCGAAGAAGUCGAAAAAGCAAAAGAAAGAAGCUGCUGAUGUCGAAGUCCCCGUGCAGGUUGUCGAACUCGUGCCGGAGCUGGCGUCAUUCUUUUCAACCAGUUCCCAGGUGUUUGGCAAGCGCAUUGAGCCAGAAAUCAAACUCCCCGUGGUGGUCGCGCCGGGUGCUGACGAUUCUACCAGCGAACAACUCGCCGCCGUCGUCGCCUCAACCUCCACACCUGCGCCACCUCAAUCCAGGGACGCGGUGGCCAAGAAGGUCAAGAAACCCAAACACAAAAAGGUCAAGGCAUUGGCGGAAGCUGCCGCCGCCGCCGCAGCCAGUGGUGGCGAUGGCGCCGACUUGGCGACCAAGCCCUCCACAGAGACCCCCGUCGUAGUAGCCGCUUCCUCCCCCACGAUCCAAGAAGAAGAAGAAGAAGAGAACGCCGUCGAUGUAAAGGACCCGCGCACCAUCUUUGUCGGCAACGUAUCCCUGGAAGCCACCGCCGCCGACGUGAAAAAGUUUUUUGCUUCGUGCGGCAAAGUCGAGUCAGUUCGGCUUCGGUCGGUGCCCGUGGCCGGCUGCAAAGUCGACCAAAACGGCAAACAAAACCUCGUGAAAAAGGUGUGCGUAAACAAGAAGCUGUUUGUCCAAGGCCGAGACUCGUGCAAUGCGUACGUUGUGUUUGCUACCGACGCCAGUGUCGACGCUGCGUUGAAGUUGAAUGGCUCGGAAUUUUUCAACAAAGUUCUCCGCGUGGACCGAAAAGCAGUGUCCAUGGACGCCAAGCGCUCGGUGUUUGUGGGCAAUUUAGCAUUCAACGCAACCGACGACGACGUGCGCAGCCAUUUUGACAAAAUUCUGCGGGAAGACGCCGACACCGCCGCCGUCGAAUCGGUGCGCAUCAUCCGCGACAAGGUGACGCAUCUCGGCAAAGGGUUUGGUUACGUCUUGUUCAAGGACUUGAGCACGGCCGCCAAGGCACUGUCGCUGCAUGGUUCCAAGAUGGGCAAGCGCGAACUGCGCGUGACCGUGUGUGGCAAACGCUUUAAAAAUACCCACGGGGACAAGAAGCCCGAGCUCAAAUUCGAAGGCCGCCGAGCGCACCCCGGGGCCCAACUGCGGCUGCUCAAGAAGCGGAAGGCGGAGGAACCUGCGGACGGGGCGCCCCCGUCCAAGCUGCCGGGCCAGAAGAAGCCUGGGUUUAUUGUGCGGGGAGAGAAGAAGCCAUUUGAUAAGACCAACAAGGCGCCAUUUGAUAAGACCAGCAAAAAGCCAUUUGAUAAGACCAACAAAAAGCCUUUUGACAAGAAGAAGGGCGGAGGAGCCAAGGGCUUCAACUCGUUCAAGAAGGGCGGGUACCAGGACAAGAGCAAGGCGUCCAAAGCCCCACGUGCGAAAAUCCAAAAGCCAAAGCACGCUGCCCGCAAGGCCCGGCAAGCGUUGGAAAAGGCGUAAAUGGGAACAAAUCAAAACGUGUGCUGAAUAUUAAGUUAUUCGUGCGACUGCA